AUGGACAGAACGACCAUUGUAGAGUUCGGACAGUUAACCAGCAAGGAGAGGCGUCGGCUUGAACGCGACGUAUAUGUCGCGAAGGAGAAGCACAUAGCCAAAUAUUGCGACAAGAUGAAAGCGACCCGUUUUGAAGAAUCCUGGUUGUCUUUCAUGGAAGACCAGCAGCGGGUUCGAGCUAUGAUUUUAAGGGUGUGCGGACCCGGUGGAGUUGUCGUCGACUAUGUACCGGUGGAGCGCUGGAUGGAUCGUCUGAGUAUCGUCCUAUCCUGCGAAGAGCUAGCAGAGGUCGAAUACCUGGCGAGUCAGCCUUCUGCUACUAGAAGUUUGUUGGAUCAAGAUCGGUUCCAACGUUUGUGUGCACUUAAGAAUGCGGAAGAGGAAAGGCGAGGAAACACUUGGCUUCAUCGUCUGCGCAACAUGUUACGGGAGCUAGUCGUUCCCCCGGAGAACCGAGAAGAUCCAUUCUGCAAGUCCAGCGAUCGCCAAGAUCUCGACGAACCGUUUUAUGGCUUGGUUGGACCUCCUAGUAGGGUCCCUUCACCGUCAGAAGUCGCUUCAUUCGCUGAACUCUACGACAGGCCCAAUACCCCGGACCCAUCUGCAAGGCGCAGGAUGUCACAUACUUCUGCGAAGCCGUACACAGACCGGACCUAUCCACCCGAGCAGACAAUGUAUCCAAGGCCUGCACCCCUUCAACAGGCUGACGGCCGGAUUGAGUACCCUGAGGGCUCGAGCAUGUAUGCAAUUUCCCCUCCGGCCAGUUACGAAGCAUCCCGACGGCCACCUCCACUAUCCUACAAUCAUCCACCUUAUGCAGGAUAUCAUUUGUCUGGUGGUCAGCCGUAUCCUCAGCCGGGCGCGCCGCUGCUUCCACAGCCUCCUGUCCGCCACACAAGAUCUUCGGUUCCAGAUCCGAGGCUAUCACGGUACAAUGAUCAUCCCGGCGCCCAGCAACCGUCUACUCGGCGGCCAUCGAUAAGCUCAACAAGGGUUCCAAGCUACUCGACUCGCCCGUCUACUAGUAGUCUUGCUACCGCCGCUGUACCAAAUCCUCCAUCGGUCCAGGGGUUGCCGGCGAAUCUCAUACCUACGAUUCCCGGCACUCAUAUCGCUAGAGCGGGACGUGUAUUGAUGACGUACGAACAACUCAGAGGUGCCUCGUACGAGCGAAGCAUCUCGGCAGAGCUAGGCCCCUGGCCCAUCGGCUGUCCAACUCAUUGCUUGAUGUCUUGGCUCUCUUCACACCAUGCGAUCGUAUUAUAG